GAAAUGUCUGUUUCAGGAAAACACCGACGGAAUUUCGGGGGACUUAUUUUGGGAAAAUGAGUCGAAUCUACCAUAACACAUCUUUAAAAAACAAACCAGUACACAACGAGAAAUAUGACAGUGUGUGGUCACCCAGCUCACAGGAAAGUGGUCCUGGAGUGAUUCUGGAAGGAACGCUUGUUGACGUUUCUAGACAUGCCCUGACUGAUGUCAACAAUCAAAAGGCACUCCUGCAAUCGUCACACUUUUUCUGUUACAAACUGACCCCGGCCCCUCAUCAGAGAAGAGAAGGGUUAUGUGGCCCUCACAGGAAAAAGUUUGGGGACCCCUGCCCUAAAACAACACAAUCAAAGUCCAUGCAGACGGAAGACAGUAUUUUGUUCCGUUACCAUGUGCUGUACAUCAAACCAAGACGCAUCCAUCGGAGGAAGUAUGAUGCUAACGGGAAGGAGAUUGAGCCAAACUUCAGCGACACCAGAAAGGUCAACACAGGCUUCCUGAUGUCCUCCUACAAGGUGGAGGCUAAAGGGGAGUCAGACAGCCUGUCAGAGGAGCAGCUGUCAGCAUUGAUUCGUAAAGCCGAUUUGGUGAAGAUAACUGACAAGCACAGAUCUGACGGGACAUGGGCCUUCUGGUACCCUGAGUGUGAGAUGGAAAAAACAGAACUGGAGACCGAAACAGACAUUCGACUAAAGACCAGAGGAAACAGCCCCUUUAUAUUCUCCUUAGCUAAAAUAGAGGGAAGGACAGUGUCCAAAUGCAACUUUGCCGGAGAUGAGAAGACUGGCGCAUCUUGGACAGACAAGAUUAUGGCCAACAAAUCUGGAGCAAAUAACAUCCAGAAGCCUUGUGGUGAAGGAGAAGGAUCACAGGACGAUGAAUGGAAUGACUAAAGAAAAGACAUCAGCCCAUUGCAGUUCUUGGCCCAUUACCAGAUGGAACAUCAACUUGAUGUAGAGGAUCAGAUUCGCUCAGUUUCCCACAAGACAUUCCAAAAAGACAUUAAAAAUCUUGUAAAGCGUGUUGUUUUUGGCAGUCCUUUCAAAUUACGCCUUACUAGACUUAUUAGUCAUAUUUUAAAGUAAUACAGUGGGAGAACAAGUAUUUGAUACACUGCCGAUUUUGCUGGUUUUCCCACUUGCAAGCCAUGUAGAGGUCUGUAAUUUGUAUCAUAAGUUCUCUUCAACUGUGAGGGACGGAAUCUAAUACAAAAAUCCAGAAAAUAACAUUGUAUAAUUUUUAAAUAAUACAUUUGUAUUUAACUGCAUGAAAUAAGUAUUUGAUACAUUACCAACUAGUAAAUAUUUCAGCUCUUAGUUCUUUUUUAAGAACCCCUCCUGUUCUCCACUCAUUACCGGAAGUAACUGCACCUGUUUGAACUUGUUACCUGUAUAAAAGACACCUGUUCACAUGCUCAAACAGACAAACUCCAACCUCUCCACAAUGGCCAAGACCAAAGAGCUGUGUAAGGACAUCAGGGAUAAAAUAAUAGACCUGCACAAGGCUGGGAUGGGCUACAGGAAAAUAAGCAAGCAGCUUGGUGAGAAGGUAACAACUGUUGGAGCGAUUAUUAGAAAAUGGAAGAAGUUCAAGAUGACGGUCAAUCUGCCUCGUUCUGGGGCUCCAUGCAAGAUCUCACCUAGUGGGGCAUCACUGAUCAUGAGGAAGGUAAGGGAUCAGCCCAGAACUACACAGCAAGACCUGGUCAAUGACCUGAAGAGAGCUGGAACCACAGUCUCGAAGAAAACAGUCUUAAAAAAAAGUUUUGAACAACGUUGUUUAUCGGUAGUAUUACACAGCAUAUGUUUUGAAAAGUAUGCCAACGAUAAGCAAAACCAGGUCCAUAAUGGCACUAAAUCAGAAGCAGGUCUUUCCAAACUACUACCGUGAGUAAAAACGAGAUGUAAAGGAUCAAUGGACCUAUCGCAAAACCGCACCCACAAAUCACAAAAGCUGUAGAGUUGCAUAGGAAUACUGUGUGGUCAUGACUUAAACCGUAUUUUUUCUAACUUUAAAAUAGCAAAAACCCAAUGGUUUAAUGCUUUGCCUGGUGUACCUGUAAUUCCGACACCAGGUACCCUGAAAGAUUGGCAGGAGGAUUUUUUUUGUGUCUUAGGCUUUGAAAAAAGUCCAACUCCAAUUGCACGCUGUGGAUUAGGCUCUGUCGUCGACCACAUAAUAAUAAUAAUAAUACCUCAAACUUGUAUAGCGCUUUUUUGGUCACUCAAAGACGCUUUACAUAACAUAACACAAAGACAGAAUUAAGAGGUGGGAAAAGCUAGUUUGAACAGGUGGGUUUUAAGGAGUGGUUUGAAGUUUUGUAAUGAGUCAGAGUUCCUAAUGGGUUUUGGGAGUGAGUUCCAGAGUGCGGGAGCAGCAGCAGUGAAGGCUUGGUCCCCCAAGGUUCGGAGCUUAGUGCGAGUGAUGGGUGUGAGGAGAUUGGAGUCGGUAGAACGUAGGCGGCGGGAGGGACAGGUGCUGUUGUAGAAGGGUCACAUAAACAACUGAAUAUCAAGACAGUCACCCAAGGACUCAUAUGUCAAGGUCAAAUACGAAUCCUUAGGUAGCCAUUUGAAAUUUUACCCAAAAUCAGAAGAGAAGGCACCCAAUUUGGUUGAAAAGCUUGCAAGGAGAAAGAGGAGAAACUAUCCAGCUUCCACAAUCGUUCUAAUUAGCUCCUCCUUCACCUCGCUUUUUAUUUGGGAUGGCCCUAGCAACAGACGGGUGUCUUGCACUAAAAGGGGACGCAAGCUGGUGACACCUCUUAUCUUUGUUUGGCUAUGUGUGUGCAUGUAGGUGGAAUUAUAUACAUGUGUGUCAGCACAUUUCAGCAAAGCAAAGUGGCCUCUUCUGCCCUUGACCAGGCUAGAGGGUUAGGGUGUCUUCAAGACAAAACAUUCUUUCUUUGUGAACAAUAAUAAUAAGCAAAAUCAUUUCUUCAUUGCGGGCAGCAAUAAGCAAAAGCAUUUCUUCAUUGCGGGCAGCAAUUGAAAUUAAGAGCAAAUAUAUAAUAACAACUUAAUAACUCAUCAAAUACAUUUCAUGAAGCAACAGCAUUUGGUAAGUAAUAAAAUGCAACGAUAUGAUUCCUUAAAUGUAUUGAAGUUGACCUGUGGAACCUAGACCGGUUUAAACAGGUCAGAAUGACGAGGCAGUUUUAUCAAGAGCUAAGCAUGUCUAUAGUUAUCAAUCAUGGAACAUACUAUUAUAGCAAUUGAUACUUUAUUGUGAGCCUUCAUUGGUGAAAGCCAAUAUUUGAUAACCAUUCAAUAAUCAUCAACGUAUGAUUGGUCAGAUGUAUGUUAGUGAUCGAUUUGUAAAAAAAAAAAUAUAUAUAUAUAUAUUUUAAUAGCAUUUAGUAAAAACGUAGACUUAAAUAUUAACAUUAGUCUGCAAGCAUUUGACUGUCUACUUGUUUACUAGCUUGUCACUACACAGAUAGAAUAAAAUAUAACUAAGCCGUCAAGACUACAUCACUGAAAGUCCAAAGUAAAUACAACAAAAUUUCUAUUAAAAAAUCUAGAUGCACUUACGUUUGGUCACGGACGCACAUGAAUGAAAGUUCUCACGCACACAGCUAGCAUUUGGCUGCAGUCAACUCGAAUGCCCGCCGCUCUAACGUUGAGCAUUUAUUUACAUCGUAUUCAUGUUUCACAUGUAUGUUUAUGAUGUAAGUUGCUUAUUUAGCAACUCUGGAUAAUAUUGUAAAGUGUCAUUAAAAUGCUUCUAUUUCAAUAUUUAUUUAUUUCAAUAUUUAUGUCAACAUUUAUUUCAAUUUAUAUUUCAAUCUUAAAAUUUUUCACGUUCUAUUUAUUCCAAUUUAUAUUCAAUUUUUUAUUUAUUUCAAUUUUUAAUUCCAUAUUUAUUUAUUUCAAUAUAUAUUUCAAUUUUUAUUUAUCUCAUUUAUUUAUUUCAACAUUUAUUUAUUUCAUUUUUUAUUUCAUUCUUGCACUCUUGUUCCCCGUGUGGCUGCAUGAAAUCAUUUUAUCUGUCAUUGGCUCAUUAAACUCAGUGGGCUGGCGUGAACUAGGCGCGGUUUAUGUUGAGCGAGUCAAGCUACAUGGCUCUGGAGUCAAGAUAAUGCUCCUUCCCAACAUGGCAACGAUUGCUGCAGUUCUGCAUCAGCUUUCUUGGGAUUUAAUAAUGGACAUGUUAGACUUAGCAGAACACGUUGACGCAGGAAAUUCGGACCCUGAGCACGUGGCUUAAAAAACAGUGGUUUAUCGCGAGAGAGAGCUCAUGGAAGAUAAUCAUGACAGAUAAAAUUAUUUCAUGCAGCCACACAGGGAACAAGAGUGAAAGAAUGAACUAAAUAAAUGUUGAAAUAAGUAAAUAAAAAUUGAAAUAUAUUUAUUUCAAUUUAUAUUAAGUUGGAAUAAAUAAAAAGUGAAAAUUAUAAAUACAAAUUAAAUAAAUGUUGACAUAAAUAUUAAAAUAGAAGCAUUUCAAUGACACCUUUAAUUUACUUAAUUUUUGCACUCCUGGUCCAUUGCAUUUCGCCUCUACUAUGAUAAAGGUCUCCUCUUUCUAGUUUAGUACCAUGGACAUACCACUCCACUGCAUACUGCAACCCUCUUUGUCAGCUUGUCGAUGAAAUUUCUUUUUAAAAAAACACAGAAUUUUUUUUUUUUUUUUAAAUAAACUAACUGGUCCAUUGCCAGGCGUGGUAGUGCAAAUUCAGAAAUUUGAACUCCCGACAUCAUCCGUAAAUAGUUCGUUUACUCAAUCACUCACUGAUAGAAUUUGACAGAGCCUUUUACAAGGGGAGCGGGGCUUUGCGAUAGGUCCAUUCAGGCCUUCUGCUACCAAGUUAUGACCAAACCACGUAACACAGGAAUGAAUGUUUUGUCCCUUUUAUAAAUGGUUUUUAAGCAUUGCAAAUGUAAUAAUUAUGAGAUAUAUCUAAAAGAAAACAAUUAUUUGUACAUCUAUACAUGCAUAUAAACGCCUAGUCGCCUAAGUAUCCUUGAGCAAGAUACUGAACCCCAUGUUGCUCCUGGUGCUGCGUCACCAGUAGGUGAAUGGCGCGAUAGUGUAAAGCGCUUUGAGCGCCUUGAAAGGUGGAAAAGCGCUAUAUAAGUGUAACACCAUUUACCAUAAACAUUUUUUAAUAAAAUACUGUUUUUUUGGUGUUUUUUUUUUUAAUAAUUGAAAAAAAUCCGUGAUGGACUGAGGGCAUGAAGUUUGAAGCACAAAGUAGCGAGGAUCAGUGUACACGUUGAUAAUAAAAGUGGCAUAGCUGCUCUGGUUGCUGUGUAAAAACCAGUCUUUGUCUUUAGGAUAAAUUACAGUAUGUGCUUUUACAUAAAAUAAGAUGCCUAAAAGGCCACUUUUGAACAUAUACGGUAUAAGCAAAUUGAUUCCCCCUUCAAUGUCGUGUUCAUUUCCCUAACACUGCAAACGCAUUUUGUCCAUAUUUUCUGUCAAAUUGAUUUAAAUAAGACAAACUGUUUUCAUUUUCUUUGUGUUUUUGAACACUAAGUAUUUAUUUAUAUUUUUAACAGUAGUAGAGAAUGGAUACAUACAGUAUGUAGACUGAACUUAAACAACAAAAAAGCUCACACACAAAUUACACAAUCUUUAAUUAAAAUAAACACCUUUGUUUUCUAAUAAAGGCAUCUUGAACUCUGUUUUGAUCAGGGUUCAUGUGCAGCAAAAUUUCUUUUCAAAAACACUUUUAUUAUGUUGAAGAAAACUUGUUCAAAUUAAUCUGAAAUCUUUUAAAAUGUAGUGCAACUUAAAUGAGUGCAAAAUGAGUUGAAUGUAUAAGUGCACUGUUAAAAAAAAUAUAUAUCUAUACAUUAAAC